AGCUCCCCGAACACAGACUGGUAACAGAUGUAUCAACAAGAUGGAACAGUGCACGUGACAUGGUUGAAUGUUUCCUCGAGCAACAGCCAGCAGUCACAGCUGCACUGCUUUCCCCCCAAGAUGAGAAAGAGAGAGAAAGAUAUCAGCACCUUGUCUGAGUCAGACAUAUCCAGUGUGGAGGAGUUCAUCCAGGCCCUGAAGCCAGUGAAGGUGGCCACAUGUGUUAUGUCAGAUGAGAAUAACCCGACACUGUUAUUCCCGACACAUGACUCUGUCAUAGCCCCACUACAUGCACAGCUCCUGCAAGACAUCCAAGAAACCCUUGGUGAUCCUCCGUUUGUCAGAGAACUCAAAGAAGCCUUUCACCAAGACCUCAUGAAAAGGUAUACAUCUGAGCUGGAGAAGGCCACACUUAACAUAGCUUCAGCGCUUGAUCCAAGAUUUAAAGUGCUGCCGCUCCUGUCCGAUGAUAAGAGACAAGAAACAUUUCCAAGAAUGGUUGCUGAAGCCACAAUGGAGCAUCAGGAAGAAGUGGUGACUGUGAGGCAGGGCCAGGAGGAACUCAGUGAUGAUUGUGCACCAGAUGAGGAAAAGAAGCAGAUUAAAGAAGAAGACAGAGAUUGCCAGGGCCCCUCAUUGGCUAAAAGAAGAGUGUCCUCCUGUGCACUGACUGAAUUACUUGGGAACACUUUUGGGGAUGCCAGGCAGGCAUCAGCACCACCAGAGAAGUCAGCCUUUGACAGUGCAGAGGACGAGGUGCAAAAGUACAAAACAGCUGAUCCUUUGCCACUGUCUGAAAGCCUGUUGGGCUGGUGGAAAGAACAUCAUCAAUGGAAGCCAGCUGUUGAUCUAGCUGCUAUUGAUUGUGCUGAGGAAAACAACAAAAAAGUGUGCACCAGUUUUGGAAUCACUGGAUAUCCCUCUCUGAAGUUCUUCCCUGCCAACUCAAGCAGUGAGUCCAUGGGGGAGGAUCUCAGAGGAUUCCCAAGGGAUGUGAGAGGCCUUCGGCACCACAUUAUUGAAAAAUUGGAGACACACACUGAGGCUUGGCCACCCGCUUGCCCGCCUUUAGAGACAGUUAGCGAGACAGAGAUAGACAGUUUCUUUCAGACCAACAAUGUGAAGCACCUCGCUCUUGUGUUUGAAACCAAAAACUCCUUUGUGGGUAGAGAGGUGACGUUGGACUUGUUGCAGUAUGAAAACAUAGCUGUGAGCAGGGUUUUGAACACAGAGGAGAGUUUGGUGUCCAGGUUUGGUGUGACCAAUUUUCCUUCCUGUUACCUGUACAAUUCGUCUGGAAGCAUCUCUAGACUCAAAGUGCUCAGUGAAGCACGUACCUUCUACUCGUAUGCUCUCCAGAGGCUGCCAGAGGUAGUGCGGAUGGGCAAGCCCCAGAUACCCAUCACUGAUCUCAUCAAGAACUUAACUCAAGAGUGGAGGCCGUUUAACAAGACACGUGUGUAUAUGUCUGAUCUUGAGUCAGUGCUGCACUACUCUCUACGUGUAGAACUGGCUGCUCACACCAGCAUUAGUGGAGAUGAUCUGACUGCAAUCAGAAAGUACAUAUCUGUACUGGCUAAGUAUUUCCCAGGUCGUCCGUCUAUAAAGAGCGCACUUAAGGCUGUGGACAGCUGGUUACAAGAACAGAAGGGAACUGAGAUCAAAUACAGCGAUUUUAGAUAUAUGCUGGACAACACAGUGCAGACAAUUGAUGCAGUGUUGCCUGAGGGUGUAAGGUGGGUGGGCUGCCAGGGAUCUCAAGCCCGAUACCGUGGAUACCCUUGUGCUGUGUGGACCCUCUUUCAUGUGCUUACAGUGCAGGCUAAAGAGACAGGUGACUCAGACCCUAAGGAAGUGUUGCUAGCAAUGAGAGGGUACAUCAGGAGUUUUUUCGGGUGCAGGCCUUGUGCAACUCACUUUGAGAGCAUGGCCCAGGAGAGCAUGGAUUAUGUGACCACGCUGUCUGCCGCUGUCCUUUGGCUGUGGUUUCGCCACAACUGGGUCAACAACCGCCUGGCAGGAGACCUGAGUGAGGACCCCUAUUUCCCUAAGAUUCAGUGGCCAUCUCCGGAGUUGUGCCCUAGCUGCCAUGGUGUAAAAAGGACCGGAGAGCACAUCUGGAAUCAGGAUGAGGUACUGGCUUUCCUCCGAAACUACUUUUCUCCAGACCACAUUCUGCCAGACUACCUGCAGGAUGAGACCCAAGCCCUCAUCCAGCAGAGAAACCAACUCACAGCUGCUCGAAUGGAGAAAGAAGCCAGGGGUGGGGCAGAGAGGAGAGCCCGGGAGGUUCCCGAAAACCGCCCUGCCGAUCUGGCCGAAGAGCCCCAAGAAGAUGAACAGGAGGAGGAAGAAGAAGAACCAGCAUUGGAGGAACGGGCUGGUGAGCCAUACCCUGCAGGGUUGGAGGGGUUUGGGAUAGCUGGAGAGGGCGCAACCCCUAGCCAGGCUCCUUGGGAGAAGCCACAGCAGCCACAGUCACAGCCACGCAAGCUGAAAAUUGUGGGUCUGAAACUACGAGAGCCCCAGGAGGACAUCAUAGAUCUGGACUCCUUUGUCAACCACCACUAUAAAGCUAAAGCCCUUCAAGCUGCAGCCAUGUCGGGCAUGGUGCGGCGGAGAAGUCUCCAAAAGCAAGAUGAUGUGAAGGACCUCCAGUUCGAGAGAGAGUGGAGGGUAAAGCGAGACCUGGGAAGCCAGGAAGAGAACUUCGGUGGUGGAGUCAGAAUAGAGCCUUACCACAGACCUCAAAGCAAAUAUUGGAUGUCACUGCUCAGCGUGGGAUUCUCCAGAAUGGAUGUGAGCCUGUGUGUCCUGUUGUAUCUUCUCUCAGCCAUGUGUCUUCUAUCCAUGUAUUUAUAUUUUAAACUGAGGGUAAAGCUGCGACGUGCUAAAGUGUCUCUACCUUGAGUGUCACAGUGCAUUGCUUAAGCUUAAUCUUUUACUUCUAUCAGGAAUGACGAAAUCUCACAAUCUGUGGCUACUAAAGGAACCGCUAGCUUCCAAACAAACAAGGUACAGAAGUUGAGAGCUUUCAAAGAACUGUUUUUAAUUGGAUGGUAAUUAAGAGGUGGUUGUGAAUACAAUCACAAUUCUUAGAAGCACCAGAUGAAGGAAAAAUUACAAUCAUAAUUGUAAUUUUAUUUGUUUAUCUUACAGAAAUUAGUUUAAAAUGACCACUUAUCAAAUACAUUUUUACAUGUUGGAGCAAAUGCAGCUCACAGUGUUUUAAAAAGAUCAGUUGUUUUGUUUUUAAGUCAAGGUUUUGCCAUAAGGCCACUGCCUGUCCAUUCUUUGUGCCUUUCCUUAUCAAAUAAUUUUUUAUGUAUUUGUGUUGUGUAGCAACUCUUUGCACAAGGAACUGAAAUAAUCACAACCAGAGACAAGAACCAAACAUUUUCUUCCUGAAAUGGUGUGCUUUGCUGAGUAAAAUGCAUUAAAAUUAUUUUUGCUAAAAACAUAAUUC